GCGCGAAUGGGUGAAAGGCAUCACUGGAAGCUGCAGCGAACAGCCAGAACGCUGCAUACUGCAUUCCACCCUUGCUGAAUCCAUUCACAGCUGAGGACAGACUGCUAGAUCGGCAUUGUAUUCCCUUUGUCACAAGAUUGCCGAUCCGGACUCUGCGAAGAUGCCGACGGAACUCGAAGAGUUGGUCGGUUUUGUCGCCCAUCCGAAUCCUCAAAUCCGCCAAGUUGCUGUUGAGCACUUGGUACCUUAUUCCACAGCCGAUGUAGCCGUCUUUAAGAGCGAACAGCUCACUCCGAUAAAGAAUCUCAAGAUUCUGAUCCGAGAUCAUCCAAAAAUCGCAGUCCACGCCAUCCAUAUUCUCGUCAACCUCUCCGCAGACGAAGAAAUUCUCAAGAACCUGGCUUCAGACCAAAAGUUCACAGAGACAGUAUUUGCGCGCAUCGUGAGCCCGUCAGAAGAGAAUGCGAAUCUUUUGGCAAUGCUUCUGGCGAAUCUCGCCAAGUCAGAUGCGCUCAAGGACAUAUUGUCUCGGAAACAGAGCGCGCCUGAGCCGCUGGGGUCCGACGAUCAGAUCAUAAACCAGCUUAUGGACCUCUUCGUCAAGGGUGUGGACGGCUCAUACAAUAAGCAUGCCAACUACGACUACCUCGCCUACCUGUUCGCAGACCUGGCCAAGCACGACGACGUGCGCAAGUAUUUUGUCGAGAAGCAGCCAUAUGAUGGCGUGGUUCCCCUGUCCAAGCUGCGAGUCUUUACGGAGCACAAGUCGGACGUGAGGAGGCGGGGUGUGGCUAGCACGAUCAAGAACGUGGCCUUCGACGUGCCAUCGCACCCGACUCUGCUGUCCCAGGACGAGGUCAAUAUCCUCUCUUACGUACUGCUGCCCAUCAUGGGCAACGAGGACUACGACGAGGACGAGAUGCUGGAGAUGCUCCCAGACCUGCAGCUGCUGCCGCCGGACAAGAAGAGGGAGGCAGACCACAACAUCAUACAGACACACGUCGAGACGCUGACGCUACUCACGACCACGAGGGAGGGGAGAGAGUUUAUGCGUGAGGUUAAGGUCUACCCCAUAAUCCGAGAGACGCACAUGCGCGUGGAGCAUGAUGGGGCGAAGGAUGCCUGCGAGCGGUUGGUGCAGGUGCUAGCGAGGGACGAGGCAGAGGAGGUGGAGGAGGUGGAUGACGAUGAGAGGAUCGUGGAGAUUGAGUAACCUGUGUGCAUAUGUGUGUCCGCAUACAUAAGAUGAGCUCGUUGACCUGG